UCUUCCUCCCGGCAGCAGCAGCAGCAGCAGCCAUGUUCAAGAACACUCCCCAGUACGCGUUUUUGACGCUGCUUUACAGUGACUGGCUCAAGCCACUCUACAUAUGGAGGCACGAAGUGGAGAAUGGACACAUCAAAAGAGUUGUGGACGAGGACUGCGAGCUGAACACGAUUGAGAUCAUCGGCCAGAAUGUCAAGAAGAAUUCUAUCACUUGUCCCUCGGAUCCGAAGCUGUCCCUGGGAAUCAAGCACCACCACUUGGUGAUGAUUGUCAAGAACCUGGGGACGUACUUUGGUUUCGAGGUGUUGAUACUUGACAGUGUCAACGAGAUGCGGUAUCUCCGGGUCUCCAACUUUGAGUCCAACUCGAGGGUGAGACCAUUGAUAUGUUCUACGCCUGUGAGAUUGCAACCGGGAUGGAACCAGAUUGAGUUUAACUUGGCAGACUAUACCCGGCGUGCUUAUGGUACGAAAUAUGUGGAAGCUCUUCGAGUGCAAGUCCAUGCGAAUUGUCGGAUCCGGAGAAUUUACUUCUCCUCGCAGCUUUAUCCAAACGAGGAGCUCCCUGCCGAGUUCAAGCUGGUGAAGCAAAAAAAGAAGAUUGAUCCAUUGACAGUGGAUGAGCCACAGCCUGGCGAUAUUUUGCGAGCCAGGCCAAAUCUACAAAAGUAUAACGCCUUUUUUCUGCUCUACUUCGUUCUCAGAUCUUUGCUCUUGAUGCAGGAAACGCGUUACUACACUGGAGCUUAAAAACUGCACAAGGAUUUCUGACGUCGAUGGUACCCGUGUUUGAUACUUUGUGCGAAUGUAGAUCUUCCAUAGCUAGCAGGGGAGGAUAGUAAGUAUAUAAGCACUGCUUUGCUUCUGUUUAUUCACAAAUGCCAGGAAACAUUUCGUUAA